GGUCACCUAAAAACAGACCCGAAAACACCCACUAGCUAAAAUUGCAACUUUAGCUUCAGCGCUAGUGAAAGACUUGAACCAGUUUGUUCAGGAAAUACCACCAUGGUUUUGUCACCAGCAGUGACGACGCUGUGUGAGAAUUCAAAUGAAGUCUUUCUAGACGUUGCGAAGUUGUUGCUUACAUAUGCUGAUAACAUUUUACGGUCUCCCAAUGAGGAAAAGUACAGGUCGAUCCGCAUAGGCAAUCCCACAUUCUCCACCAAGCUGCUGCCCGUCAAAGGUGCUGUGGAAUGUCUUUUUGAGAUGGGAUUUGAGGAGGCUGAAACCCACCUGGUGUUCCCCAAGUCUGCAUCGGUAGAACAGCUGAAGCUCAUCAGGGACUCCGUGGCAGCAGAGCGGGAUCAGAGACUGUGUGGGGGACAGCCCGUCCAACCUAUCGCUCAGGCCGUUGCACCCUUGGCCUCGACCUCGGUCUCGACCCCGUCCCCGGCGCCAGAGAGCUCUGCUGCUGCCUCCAGCCAGCCAGUUACACCACCUCCAUCAGAGCCUUCAUCUUUGGAGAACAGUAUGAGUUUUUUCCUGUCCCUCCAGUCAAACUUCCAACAUGUGAUGAUUUAUGAAAACCCUGAGCUGCAGCAGAAAGCCAGGAGCCACAUCCCUCACCAGCAGCUGUGCUCUGCUGCUGAACAGAAGCUGACGGAGGCAAAGGAGGUUGAUCCAGAAUGUAAACUUGGAAUGGAAGACUUCCUGGUGCUGGAGCUGCUCAGAUGGUUCAAGCAGGACUUCUUCUCCUGGGUGGACUGUCUGCCCUGCAGCCAAUGCAAAGGCCCGACCGUGAACUCCAGGUCCCUUAGUCCCACCCCCGAUGACAUCCGCUGGGGAGCCCAGCGAGUAGAGAACCACUACUGUGAGAGCUGCCAGCUCUCCACCAGAUUCCCCAGAUACAACAAUCCCGAGAAGCUUCUUGAAACCAGGAGGGGGCGCUGUGGGGAGUGGGCUAACUGCAUGACGCUGUGCUGCAGAGCCCUCGGCCUGGAGGCCAGAUACAUCUGGGACAGCACUGACCACGUGUGGACCGAGGUCUACUCGGUGUCUCAGCGCCGCUGGCUGCACUGUGACUCCUGUGAGAACGGCUGUGACAAACCUCUUCUGUAUGAGGUCGGCUGGGGGAAGAAACUGGCCUACAUUCUGGCUUUCUCAAAGGACGAGGUGGUCGACGUGACGUGGAGGUAUUCCUGCAAGCACCCAGAGGUUCUGACGAGAAGGACCAGAGUUCAGGAGGCCUGGCUGCUGCACACCAUUGCCGGACUUAAUGCCUCGAGGCAGCAGUCCCUGAGUCCAGAAAGGAAGAAGGAGCUGACGGAGAGGCUGCUCGUCGAGCUGGUGGAGUUCAUCUCCCCCAAGAAACCAAAGCCAGGAGAGCUGGGCGGACGCAACUCGGGCUCUCUGGCCUGGCGGGUGGCCCGGGGGGAGACCAGGAAGGCGGAUGCAGGCACCUCCACACAGGCUACAGGUUACGUGUUCACUCCCACUGAGAAGGAGAAGAGUGACCGGUUGCUGCACGUGCGCUACAGCGCCACCAAAGACCAGUACUGUCGAGUGUCCAACAACCGCGAGGUCACCCAGAGCUGGGAUCAGUGCGUGUGGAGCAAGGAGUCGGUCUUCAGGAAGGUGGAGAACGACUGGCAGAUGGUGUACAUCGCUCGAACAGAAGGCUCCUCUGUGGGAAAAGUUAGCUGGAAGUUUGACUUUUCCCCGGCUGGACUGAAGAUAAAGUCUGUCUCGAUCACGGCCAGCAGCCAGACCUUCCACUCCGGGGAAGUCUGCUGGCACUUGCAGGCAGGCCAGAGCACCACGGAGUUCCCCGGAGAUGGGAAGACACAGUCAUUCCAGAGCCUCUCCGGCUCCUCAGAGUUCAUUGUUGCGGCGAGACUCGGCGGUGGAGAGGGGGAGACGUCAUGGCAGCACUCCCAGCUCUUCAGACGCAGCUUGAAGGAGGACGAGGAGGAGGAGUGCUCAUUUGAAAUCCUCGUCCAUUUGGAAGACGCUUAACGGUUUUUGUUUGUUUGUUUUUUUCAGCGUUGGCGAGCUCAUCACUAAAUUACUGGAUGACAGUUUUGUAUGAUGACAAAUCAGUGCAAUAUUUAAAUGUGUCAGACCUCUAGGAUGAUUGAUUGAAUAUGCAUGGUCUAAUAGACAUUCAUUCGGUACCCACCAUAGCGUACAAAUGUUGUCUUAAUAUUUUAAACAUUAAUUUGAGUGACAGCCAAAUAUCCUUAAAAGACAUGCAGUGUAAAAUAUACGUUUAAAGGUUUUUUUAAAAAGCCACGGUUCUGGUUCUUUUCUUGUAACAUUCGUCUCCACUGUGUCUAUAGUUUGUGAUGCAUGGAGACACAGUUGAUGCAGGUUGAACAGUUCUCCUGUGUGUGUUAUCUCAUUUAGUACGUUUGUCAUUUAAUAUUUGCCCAUUGAAUCUUUACACCGUCCCAUGCCUGAAGUGUAGUAAGUGCAGGGGAAAGGGCUUGAAUGUUAGGAAAUAUAUAGAAGUGCAAGCAUAAUAAAGAUAUUUUUUCAGUCUGGUA